AUUUCUCUCUUUUAAUUCAUUAAUUCCUCCAGCCAAGUACCAACCACUUUCCCCCUCUUCUCCUCAACCAAAAAACUCCCUCCUACCCAUGUUCUUCCAUCUCCCUCCACCCCUUUUAAAACUCCCCAAAUAACACAACUUCUAAACAACUCAAAAUCUCAAGAAUUAAAUCAAAUAUGGAAGGAAUUUCAGCUAAUGUAUACAAGGGCAUUAGAGGCUAUUGGAAAAAAAAAGGUUAUAAAAAGCUCAAUAAGAAUCACCAAAAUCAUGGCCGGGCUGACCCGGUUAAUCCCGGGUCGGAAAUGGAUCCAAACCCUGUUCAUGGGCAGGGGCAGGGGCGGAGGCGGAGGCGGCGGUUCUUUCGAGUUAAGAUAACCCGAAGGAUGCCGAUCUGGAGGAAGGUAGUGGGAAUGCCAAAGAAGUGGCUGACAAAUUUGAGGGAUGCAUAUGUGAAAAUGAUGCUUAACUUAGCCAACUCCGGGCUUGGGGUUGGCGGUGCCGCAACCGGGUUUGGAGUGUCGGUUGAUUAUGGAUACGGGUAUGGAAGUUACAGGAGUCAGCUAAAAGAGUAUGAUGAGAAGAUGAUUGUUGAAAUUUACAAGUCUUUGAUGAUUGCUCAAGGACAACUUGGAGUUGGAGGUGCUGCUCCUAACAAAGUUAACCAUCUUAGAACUUCACCACCCAAAGUUACCAUCUCAGCUCGGUAACUUUUUUUUUUCUUUUACUUUUUUUAUUUUUGGGUUGGUGAAAAUAUAAGAUUAAUUGUUAGAUUAAAAGAAAAGGGUUGGACAUGCACAUGCUAGUACUAAGGUGAAAUUAAUAAAUAAAUUUAAUAGUAAUUGUACGUGCUAGCUUAUUAUGCCUUGCUUAUGGUAUCGUUGAUAUGUAAGGGUAUUUUAGACUUUUAAUUGCGAUUGUUUUUCUAUGGAAAUACCGAAAAUGUGCUUCGUAUA